AUGUACGGCUUCGUCCAGCCGCCCGCAAGACACAACCACGAAGAUGACCCGGAAGCUUCCAAGCUGCUGUCCAACGGCGGCACCCCGUCGGUUGCUAUCGGCGCCACCAACAGUGCAGUUGCGGCGACCGAGGAGUCCGCGCACAGCAACAAGGCCCACGGCCACCAGGGCAGCAUACUGGAAAGCAUGGCCAACUCUGGCUUGAUCUCCUGUCUUCUCUUCAAGCAGCCCGCGUUAAUACAGCACCGUGACACGCUGCGUGCCGUGGUCGAGUUUGGCCUGAUCAUGAUUUGGUACUUUGUGGCUGACCGUACGACUGUCGUACCUUGGGGCGAGAAGUCGUACAGCCGUGACGUGUUCAUCUUUUUGUUCGUGGUACUCACAUCGGUCGCUUUGGGCACAUCCAUCCGCGCAUUCAAAAUGCCGCUGCUGCUCAAUCGGCCGCAAACGGAGGAGUGGAAGGGCUGGAUGCAGGUUCUGUUUCUGCUGUACCACUACUUUGAAGCCAAGGAGGUUUACAACGCCAUUCGCAUUUUCAUCGCCGCGUACGUUUGGAUGACGGGUUUUGGAAAUUUCUCCUACUACUACAAGACGGGAGAUUUCUGCAUUGGCCGGUUUGCGCAGAUGCUCUGGCGCCUCAACUUUUUGGUGUUCUUCGCGUGCGUCGUUCUUCGCAACAGCUACAUGCUGUACUACAUCUGUCCCAUGCACACCAUCUUCACCGUCUUUGUGUACCUGGCCCUGGCCAUCGCACCACAACUGAACGUCAACCACGGCUGGCUGUUUGUCAAGAUUCUGUUGUGCUUUGCGUUCAUCUUUGUGACUUGGGACCUCAAGUUUGUGUUUUACGCCAUCUGGUCGCCCUUCAAGUUCAUUUUGGGCUACUCGGACCCGCGCAACCCCACGGAGGAUGUGCUCCAUGAGUGGUACUUCCGCUCCGGACUGGAUCGCUACAUCUGGGUGUACGGCAUGCUGUGCGCGCUGGUCCACCCUCAGGCAGCUGCCGUACUGAAGUACAUUGACGAGCUGCCGGUCAUUCGGCGGUACACUGCGCGCACCAUCAUCCUUUCUCUCUGCGGUGUCGCCAGCUAUUACUACUACAUCACCGUUUACAGCAAGCCCAAGUACGAGUACAAUACCGUACAUCCGUACACCUCCUGGAUUCCAAUUACGUUGUGGAUCAUUAUCCGUAACAUCACUCCCUGGCUGCGAGUUCAUAGUCUGCGGUUGUACGGCUGGCUGGGGUGCAUUACGUUGGAGACGUACAUUUCCCAGUUUCACAUUUGGAUGAAGACCGACGUUCCCGACGGCCAGCCCAAGAGCCUGCUGGUUCUCAUCCCGGACUACCCGCUCCUCAACUUCGCCCUCGUAUCAGGAUUGUACAUCCUUGUAAGCCACCGCCUGUUCGACCUGACCAACACGCUGAAGAAUGCGGCCGUGCCGCACUCGAACAAUGCAUUGCUGCUGCGCAACGUCAUCCUUAUGGCCGUCACUGGGAUGGUCCUGUACACGGUCGUGGCAUUCCUCUAUACGACCACAACCAGGGUGCUUGCAUGA